GUGGUGCCUUACGCGGUUGACAAUGAUUACAAAUCGGCUUCAGAGAAGGAAUGGACAUUUCAUACGGCACGAGUGAACUGCUGUGCCUGGUCAGCGGACAGUCGAUUUAUUGCCACUGGUAGUAUCGAUACAAAUGUUAUCAUUUGGGAUUUAAAACACAGUGGUGAACAUCCAGUAAUCAUUAGAGGAGCACAUUCGAUGAGCCCAGUCAAUGGCAUUGCUUGGCUCAAUGCGAAGCAGAUUAUUACAGCAGGACAGGACUCAGUCUUGAAAAUUUGGACAAUUAAUAUUUAA